CAUUUUUUCCCCAACUCCUUCCUUCUUUUAAACUCUCAGACAUAGUGAAAGUGAAACAGUGCCAUAGUCUCUCCCGGCUAACAAACAGGGGAAGGUGCUGGAGGUGUUGGGCAGGUGCAGACAGGCCUUUUUGUCCACCUUUUACAGCCCUUUUCAGACGGAAAAGGAGGACGAAGAGCAGCACCAUUCUCAGAGGGAGCCCCUCAACCAGCAUGUGCGUGAGGAAUGGUGUCCCAGUCAGAUGAUGUGGGUGAGCUGCCCUGGUCCUCUGCCCUGCAGAGCUGCCCACCUGCCCCUGCAUCUCCCCUGGAUUUCCUGUAGCAGGGAGCUGCUCUCAGUUUCAUUCCUGUGCCAUUCCUGUGGAUCAUUCCUGCACCAUCCCAGCUCACCGUGGAUGGGAUCAAUUUGUGAUUACCAUCAACCUGUUUGGUAAACCUGUUUUUGAAAGACAAGAAAAAUAGAAAUAUGGAGUUAAACCCAAGGACCGUGACCUCAGAACCAGCCUCUCCAACGAGCAGUGCCGGGGAGGAAAAGAUGGAGAUUACUUCUGAACUGAGCAGCCCAACUUCACUCAGCAGGGACAGUGGGUUCUUUGAAAGAAGUAUUAGAAGGUUAAGCACCCGGAAAUCGAAACAAAGUCCAAACAAAGAGAGUGGAAAGGAAGAUACUGGCACUUGGAAAGGAAAAAGACUUUUGCGAUCAUUUAGGAGCUAUGAGAAGAACAAAACCACGAUAUGCGAUGGUGUAGAGAAGAUUGGUGAAAGUAAAGAAGCGGAGCCCGUUCAAGGAAAACUACUUUCAGUAAUGGAAAUCAAUGAACUUAUUCAGAAAAGACAACUCCUGGAAGCAUUUGCAAGUAUCAAGUUAUUGGAAGAUGAGACUAUCUCUGAACGGAAUGCUGGGAAAUACAAAGAUAACCCACAGGAGCUUUUACGGAAAUCCAAGGAUGUGAAUUUCCUUUAUAACUCCAUCGCAAAUGCUAUCCAGUCCACAGUGGAGGGAACGCUAGAAGCUUCCACUAUAGAGGAAACCAUGCUGACUUCCAUGGUGACUUUAAUUGCCCAUGAAGAAGCAGCUCAUUGCAACACAGACAAAGUUGUUCAUCCUGGGUCAGACUUGCUUGGCAGGCCCAGAAAGUGGAGGGACAUGUGGAGGGAAGCAAUCAACGAGAGUGCUAAAAAAAGAGUCCUGAAGGCACCCAUGGUAUCAAAGGAAGAAGAUAGUUCUUGGCUUGAUCUCCACUUAAAUUUCCUCCAGAAACUCCUGAGGGAAGAUUUACUGAAAAUCAAGUUAUCAGUAAAAAAGUGCUAUCCCGAGGAGUACCAGGUGUGUGACACAUAUGUGGAGGCUUUUCAUAAGGCCAUUGCCUCACAUUUGCAACACCUCUGCCAGAGACUGCUGGAUUUCAAUGAGCUCUACAUCUUGCUCAAGUGGGUGGCCAACACCUACCACAGUGAACUCUUUCUGGGUCACCCUGAUCUGAAACCAGAGGUUAAGACAGAAAACCUGUCCCCACUGUUAACACCAGCUGACUGGGAUAAACUGAAAAACAACUACAUUGCUUCUGCAAAGGAGAAUAUCAAAAGUUAUUUUGGAAACAUCCUGAGACUAGAGGUCACAGAGAAGUGGGAGAAGGAAGUUCAUUCAGAAGCGAAGGAAAACCUCUACCACGCCUCUCUCUCCUUUGAUAUUCAAACGAUCAUCGGGGAGCACAUGAAGUUAUCUGGAACUAUUAGCAGAAGCCUGGAAACAAAAAUGCUUGAGCUGUGCAUGACAGAGCUGCUUGAAUUCAUACCAAGGUUUGAGAAGGAGUUUGAGAAGGCCUGGAGCACUGCCCAGGACAGCCCCAUCUUUGCACCCUGUGUUGUUGCCUACAUCAACAGCUUCCACGACCUAAUGUCAGGGUUAGAAACACAGUUUAAAGUCAACACUGUGGAACUGCAGAAGAUUUUGGCAGCUCUGACAAGUAACUUCACAAAUAUUUUUCUAACGAAAUUAAAAACAAAAGCACAGCCAUUCCUUAAGAAAAUCCUGACCAAGGACUGGAUUUUGGAUACAGGAAGGCCGGACUCACUGGCGUCAGCAGUCUCACAGUUCUCCGAGCACCUGCAGCACAUGAGGAAGCCCACGGGUCAGGAGCUUCUACGUGAAGUUCAUAAAUAUGUGGUAAAGGAAUAUAUCACACAGGUCAUCAAACACAGAUGGAGAAUGAACAGGGAGACACGGCAAGAAGUGAGCAAAAAGAUGGACCAGGAAGCCAGAAUCUUUCAUAAUACUCUCAUUGAUCAGGGCUCUGACUCCCACUGGCUUGUUCCCGCCAUACACUACAUUGCCAAGAUCAUUAAAGAGAAGAAAAAGGACAAGAUCAAGGUGUAUGUCAAGAAGCUGUGUCAGAAUUAUCCAGAUAUCAGGAAGGACCACAUCCUGGCCAUCCUCGCGCGCCGGGGGCUGGGGCGCAACAGGAGAGCGGCAAUUCUUCGUCAAGUCUGCCAUGUGCUGGAAAGCUCCAGUGGAGGAGAGGGCAACACGCUCUUUGCUGAAAUUGAUGUUCCGAUGGUCAUAUGCUGCUUCUAAAACAGAACCAGAACAGCAGUCAGCAUCCUCCCGCCUCCUACGCUGCCUCUACACAUGAUCCAAAAUCUGCUACCCUCCCUUGCUCCUCUGCAAACCCAAAUAUUUUAUUGCCAUGGAGAAAGAAGCAGUUUUCUGAACUUGCUACCCUGAGUUCAGAACCCAAAGGCAACAGAGGCACUGAGACACCAACCUCCUGCAAGAGCCCCUGGGAAGCAGCUCCAGUUCAGACACUGUGUCUGCCUCGUGUUCCAUACAGAUCCUAUUGCUGGGAGGCUGCUCUGUUGUUUGGUCCAAAAUUAAAUUUCUCUUCAUAGACAACCAAAAGCAGUUCACUCAGAGCUAUAUUAAGGCUCGGACUGUGUUUUGCAUAAUUAUACAUCAGCAGAGCAAGAGCCUCCUUUGUAAUUAGCACCCAUGAGCAAUCGAGGGGUACAGUUUGGGCAGGGAUGUGGUUGCACUCAAGUCUUAUUUCCUCCACUGUGAACCAGCUGGCUAAGCUAGCAUGAUGCAAGGUGGUGACGUUGUGACCUGAUGCCAAAAAUCACUACCUGCCUGAGGAGGAAAACUUUGGGUAACCAAAGCCCACGGGUGGGACAUGUAGCACAUGAACUACUCUGCCCUCCUGAAUGGCCCUGGAGGCCCUUCAGGCAUUUCAGCAGAUUUUUCUCAUUC